UGUUUUGCUGAGUCUUUGUACAAAUACAUACCAACUGGUUUGUCCUGACGCGGAAGCUGGAUUCAUUGCACCAGGCGGUGUAUUGCAUCCUUCUACAAAAGCACACUCUAUCCAUGAGAAUGGCAUCCAACUAAAUAUACAUUCAAAGCUGGAUUUUUCAAAAGAUUACGUCGAACCUCCGGUUGUGCCGAAGGACGAUUUGAUUUACCUGCAGAAGGAACUUGAAGAGCAUCUAAACAAAUCGGAGGACACACCCUUCACCAGUGAGGGGAAUCAAAUAAUCCUCGACGAUCGUAAUGGGGAAGGAGUUGCCAAGGCACCUGAAGGUUUCUCUCAAAGCACUUCUGGUGAGCAGAAUUACUCGCCUACACCAUCAAUAGAGGGAGACUUCCUUCCUCCAGCGCCUACAGUAAAAUCAGAAUUGCCACCUCAAGGUGCCCUUCAGGAGGAUGCUGAGUUUGGGGAGCACUUUUAUCCUGAUACCGCACUUCACGAGGACUUCGAUGUGCCUGAAUUUGAUUCCAAUCAUUUCCAUGAAGCUGAAGCAGAGGUUGAUGAAGAAAAUGAUGAGCAUUUUAACAAUCAGGAACCUUUCAAUGUUCAAAAACAUUACGAGGCAUCAGAACAGUUUGACGAGCAGGAAUACUUUGAUGAUCAUGAACAUUUCGAGGGCCAGGAGCUCCACGAGCAACCAGAACACUCAAACAUCCAAGACCAUUUUGAGGAUCAGGAGCAGCAUGAGGGACUAGCACACUUUGAAAAUCAGCAAUUUUUAGAGAAUCAAGAGCAUUUCGAAAAUAUGGAAAUGGACGGGAGUCAAGAGCGACUUGAGAAUCAUUACCACUGGGAGAACCAAGACCAUUACAACAGUCAAGAGUACAAUGAGGAGGAGAGGGAACCGGAGGUGCAGUCCGAGCUACCACCCCAAAACUCACCUACACCCGAGCUUCUUCACGCAAGUGAACAGGUAGAGCAUACCGAUCAUCUCCUAGAGAAUCCAGAGGGCUUUAUCGAGCCUCCGACAAACAUUGAUCUUCUGGAUGCAGCACACAUGGACCUUGUCGGUGGAGUCGAUCAAUUCGCCGUAGAAAAACAGGAGUCGACACCAUUCCAUUCUGCUGCAGGCAUUGGAGCCGGAGAGGCAGUAAUAAACGACUUCGAACAAGCGGCUUCCUUAGCUUUGAACGAACACCCGGUGGAAUCCAACAGGCACAUGGCAGACGCUCUGGGCGUUGUUGUCACUGAACAACCCGAAGCACCACAAUUGCCACCUAUUAUACAGACCGAAGAGUUGCUUCCGCAGGAGGCAAAACCGUCCUUCCAUGACAUCAAAACAAAUUUGGAAAAGCGAAAGUACGUGCACUAA